AGGGCUGCCGGGAAGCCCCCAUCUUUGAGCGCGUUAGGCCCGCCGACUACGCAGGGAAGUGGAGGCAUUUCCGUCGUCGUUACGGAACCUGUGCACCGCGCGUCCGCGCAACCGGGGCCUUGAAGUUUACAGUUAGCCACGAUGGCUGAAAAUGGUGAUAAUGAAAAAAUGGCUGCUCUGGAGACCAAAAUCUGUCAUCAAAUUGAGUAUUAUUUUGGAGACUUCAAUUUGCCACGGGACAAAUUUUUAAAAGAACAGAUCAAGUUGGAUGAAGGCUGGGUUCCUCUGGAAAUUAUGAUAAAAUUUAAUAGGUUAAACCGCCUAACAACCGACUUUAAUUUAAUAGUGGAAGCAUUAAGCAAAUCGGAGGCAAAACUUAUGGAAAUCAGUGAAGAUAAAACUAAAAUCAGAAGAUCUCCAAGCAAACCCCUCCCUGAAGUGACUGAUGAGUAUAAAAAUGAUGUGAAAAACAGAUCUGUUUACAUUAAAGGCUUCCCAACUGAUGCAACCCUUGAUGACAUAAAAGAAUGGCUAGAAGGUAAAGGUCAAAUAUUAAAUAUUCAGAUGAGAAGAACAUUGCACAAAGCAUUUAAGGGAUCAAUAUUUGCUGUAUUUGAUAGCAUUGAAUCUGCUAAGAAGUUUGUACAGACCCCUGGCCAGAAGUACAAAGACACAGAACUGCUAAUACUUUUUAAGGAUGAUUACUUUGCAAAGAAAAAUGAAGAAAGAAAGCAAAAUAAAGUGGAAGCUAAAUUAAAAGCUAAACAAGAACAAGAAGAAAAACAAAAGUUAGCUGAAAAUGCUGAAAUGAAAUCAAUACAAGAGAAGAUUGGAUGCUUGCUGAAAUUUUCAGGGGACUUAGAUGACCAGACCUGUAGAGAAGAUUUACACAUCCUUUUCUCAAAUCAUGGUGAAAUAAAAUGGAUAGACUUUGUUAGAGGAGCAAAAGAGGGAAUAAUCCUAUUUAAAGAAAAAGCCAAGGAAGCACUGGAUAAAGCCAAAGAUGCAAAUAACGGUGACCUACAAUUAAGGAACAAAAAUGUGACUUGGAAAGUACUAGAAGGAGAAGUAGAAAAAGUAGCACUGAAAAAAAUCAUCGAUGACCAACAAGAAUCCCUAAACAAAUGGAAGUCAAAAGGGCGCAAAUUUAAAGGAAAAGGAAAGGGAAAUAAACCUGCCCAGCCUGGAUCUGCAAAAGGAAAAGUACAUUUUCAGGGCAAGAAAACAAAAUUUGACAGUGAUGAUGAAAAGGGUGCAGCUGGACCAAUGAAAAGACCAAGAAAAGGAACAGACAAAGAAGGACCUGCAUCAAAACAACAGAAAACAGAAAACGGUGCUGGAGACCAGUAGUUUAGUAAA